AGCCAGCUGGUCUGGCUUUAUUAGUGCAGGGCAUUUCUUUUCUUAAUGACUUUGAAUUUGUUUUGUAACCGUUUGAUUAACCUGGCCCACAGCUGGAGCUGAAGGGUGUGACUUCCUGGGGAAGCACAAGAACUGCACCGGUGCCAACUAAACAAACAAAACCACACUCUGAAACCUAAAAGGGUCUUCCUGGUAAAACUGUGUGCUGGAGCUGGAAGAACUGAAGAAAUUGUGAACACAGUACAGCUACUGGAAUCUUUGAAUUGAGCGGAGGAAGUCGAGAGAAGAAAGCCUGGUUUGAAGAAAAAGCAAGCAAAAACAGAGGGACGAAAGAAUAAGUUCAUUAGAGAAAGAGAGAAACGAAAAGACGGGGACAAUGGGGAGGAAAAAGAUUCAGAUCACACGGAUUAUGGAUGAACGCAACAGACAGGUGACGUUUACAAAGAGAAAGUUUGGCCUGAUGAAGAAAGCCUAUGAGCUGAGCGUGUUGUGUGACUGUGAGAUUGCCCUCAUCAUCUUCAACAGUACUAACAAGCUGUUCCAGUAUGCCAGCACAGAUAUGGACAAAGUGUUGCUCAAAUACACUGAGUACAAUGAGCCACAUGAGAGCAGGACCAACUCUGACAUUGUUGAGACCCUGAGAAAGAAGGGUCUAAAUGGCUGUGACAGCCCAGACCCCGACGCAGACGACUCGGUGGGCCAUAGCCCAGAGUCAGAGGACAAGUAUCGUAAAAUCAACGAAGACAUUGAUCUGCACAUGAUCAGCAGACAGAGGAUAUGUGCCGUUCCCUCUUCCACCUACGAGAUGCCCAUCCCCGUGAAUAACCAGAUAUACCCAGGCAAUCAUAACCUGCUUCCACUGGCCCACCACGGCCUGCAGAGAAACAGCAUGUCACCCGGGGUCACACACAGACCACCUAGUGCAGGUGGUCUGAUGGGCACUGAUCUCUCCACUGGCGCGGGCACCAGUGCUGGUAAGGACGGCAUCCCCAUAUACUACAGAAAUGGCUAUGGAAACCACCGUAACUCUCCAGGACUUCUGGUGUCCUCCGGAGGCAUGAACAAGAGCAUGCAGGCCAAGUCCCCUCCACCAGUGAACCUGGGGAUGAACAGCCGUAAACCUGACCUACGAGUUCUCAUCCCACCCGGGGCCAAGAACAACAUGCCCUCUAUUUCUGAGGAUAUUGACCUUCUAUUGUUUAUAAGAGCCAGAAUGUGUUUUGAUAGCUUUGCUUAUAUGAGAAAUGAUAGUAAAAGGAUGAGAAACCUUGGGCUUUUCAAACCGUAA